AUGUGCGAUAGCAUGGCCAAUGUCCUCACAAAGAAGCCCUUGCACGCUGUGGGAUUUUUGGUAGCACCUUAUCUAUGCAGCGAGAAGGUCCAGAAUGGUUCCCGAGGAGAGCGCAGGAGAAUUGAAGACAAACUCGACAUGCUCGGCCUGGCAAGUCUGAUGGUCACCAUCAAAAUGGAUACACCGCCUGCGAGCAAACGCGUGCCAUGCGUGUUUCACGGCUGGUUGGUCUUUCAAGAGGACACCAUUUCCGACAAUGCCUUCUCUCAGUGCAGUUUGAUGUUGGACAGGUGUCCGCGUACAACAAUUUCAUGGACUCCAGAAACUGCAUACAUCAUACCAAUUGCGGAGAAAGACACACUUCCGCACGCAGCAGAUGGAUCUCGGUCAAUGAGCGACGUUCAGGAGUCAGCACAGCUGCUGUCAGGAAGGGAAUUUCCUGUUGCCAUCCUUGAGGCUUUAUGGAACAAGGCAAAGAUUCCUGCUGGCAAAAUGAUGCUAGUGAAUGUCACACCUUACGAUGGGUGGCUUGAGAAGAUAUGUCUAGAGUGGGGUCGAAACCAUGCAAAGCAAGAAAUCCAAUCACUGUCAAUUGCAGAGAGCAGCAAAUCCAUACCUUUGGACUAUUGCCAAAAAACUCUGGCAAUGGAGCUGCUGGAGGACUGGAAGGCAGGCAAACCCACGAUGGGCAAGGUGCGUCCGUACGAACCCGAUCCAGCUGAAUCGGAACAACCCACUGAUUUGGCAACUUUCAACUUCAAGCUUGUCAAGGUGGCCGUUGAUCCACUGAAAUCUGGGUGGGGGAGGUACACGAUAUCAAUACCAACAAGUGUACGUGAGAUGUACGCAAAUGACAUUGUCUAUGGAGAAGAUUGGGCGAGUCUCUUGAAAGACUUUGACAAGAGGUUUGGCAUUGGUCAGAGUCCUGCCUUGGCAGUGGUCGCAGCGCCACCGCCUGAACCAGAAGAAGUCCAGCCACCGUGGCAAGAGCCGGUUACCAUGGAUAGCCUUUUGGAGUCUUACUUGGUGGAAACAAAGAUUUCAGGUCGGGUGCCAGGCACAACCCUGAUCAUAUGCCCAGUCAAGAGGCGGAAUGGAACUACUGACCAAAUCAGCGAGGGCCAAAAUUACAAGCUCUUCAUUGCUGCCCACAUGGAUGUCGUCCUGGGGACCGACGAAUACGUGAUCGCCCACGGUGCCAGCAAGUUCAUCAAACCCGAGAAGGUUGCGGAAUUGAAGAGGAAAGGGAACCCAGGUGGGAGCAUAGCCAGUCAACAUGUAGAACUUGGC